GUGGUGGUGGUGGCGGCGGCGGCGUGAAGGAGUCCGAGGUUAUUUGCUGUAUGUCAGUAGAUUGCGGCACGCAUUACGGUGGAUUCGGUGAGCUUGCGAACCAGUUACAAUGGCCACAACUCAGAAAAAGGCGACGCUUCCUGCUCCGGAGACGGCUGAUUUCGGCGGCGCUCGCGCCGCCGCCGGCGAAUCGGCCGCCGUAGUCCGGCGCGAGUCCGCGUCGGCGACCCCUGCUGCUGAUUGGAAGGUGACUACCGCCCACGCGGAGGAUCAGAUUGGAAAGAAGGCUGCUGCUGCUGUGGCGUCCUUGAUCAGACCGGAGCUUUCGAGUAAUGUCGCCAGUAAAGGGAUCCAGAUCAUGCCAAGGGCUCAAACUAAACAUCCUUUGGAUCCUUUAUCUGCUGCUGAAAUCUCUGUGGCUGUGGGGACUGUUAGAGCAGCUGGAGCUACUCCUGAGGUCAGAGAUAGUAUGAGGUUUAUUGAAGUUGUUCUUUGGGAACCUGAUAAAAAUGUGGUGGCGCUUGCGGAUGCUUAUUUUUUUCCCCCUUUCCAACCAUCAUUGUUGCUCAGAGCUAAAGGAGGACCUGCUAUUCCUAGCAAGCUCCCACCAAGACGUGCCAGACUAAUUGUCUACAAUAAGAAGUCCAAUGAGACUAGCGUGUGGAUUGUGGAGUUGACCGAAGUGCAUGCAACAACUCGAAGUGGCCAUCAUCGAGGAAAAGUCAUUUCCUCUACAGUUGUCCCUGAUGUUCAGCCUCCAAUGGAUGCUGCAGAAUAUGCUGAAUGUGAAGCUGUUGUCAAAGAUUACCCUCCUUUUAUAGAGGCAAUGAAGAAAAGGGGUAUUGAUGAUAUGGAUUUAGUCAUGGUUGAUCCUUGGUGUGUUGGUUACCACAGUGAUGCUGAUGCUCCUAGUCGUAGACUCGCCAAACCACUUAUAUUUUGCCGGACAGAAAGUGACUGCCCACUGGAAAAUGGUUAUGCGCGACCAGUUGAAGGAAUUCACGUGCUUGUAGACAUGCAGAAUAUGGUGGUCAUAGAGUUCGAAGAUCGUAAGCUAGUCCCGUUGCCUCCAGCUGAUCCCCUUAGAAAUUAUACUCCUGGUGAGACAAGGGGAGGGGUCGAUAGAAGUGAUGUGAAACCCCUUCAGAUUAUACAGCCUGAAGGUCCAAGCUUCCGAGUCAACGGACAGUAUGUUGAGUGGCAGAAGUGGAAUUUUCGUAUCGGUUUCACCCCGAGAGAGGGUUUGGUCAUUCAUUCUGUUGCCUAUGUUGAUGGCAGUCGGGGUAGGAGACCAAUAGCCCAUAGGUUGAGUUUUGUGGAGAUGGUUGUUCCAUAUGGGGACCCUAAUGAUCCUCACUACAGAAAAAAUGCAUUUGAUGCUGGGGAAGAUGGUCUAGGGAAGAAUGCUCAUUCGCUUAAGAAGGGAUGCGACUGUUUGGGAUAUAUAAAAUACUUUGAUGCACAUUUUACUAACUUCACUGGAGGAGUUGAAACUAUUGAAAAUUGUGUAUGCUUGCAUGAAGAAGAUUAUGGAAUCCUAUGGAAGCAUCAGGAUUGGAGAACUGGCCACGCUGAAGUCAGAAGGCAAGUGGAAAUUCGCCAUGAGAUGUAUAGGCUCUAUGACUUAGUCCUUGACUGGCUUUUACAAUCUAAGUUGCAACAUUUAAGUUUUUUUAAUAGUGGAAGCUUCAAUUUGAAUAAUGUAAUAAAACUUUCUGCUUUCUGCGGUUAUUGUCUUUUCUUGGACCCAUCAGUUAAACUGAUGGAUGGAAAAAUUGAAGCAGAAGUUAAACUUACCGGAAUUCUUAGUCUAGGGGCUCUGCAACCUGGAGAAUCUAGGAAGUAUGGUACAACAAUUGCACCAGGACUUUAUGCCCCCGUUCAUCAGCACUUUUUUGUUGCUCGAAUGGAUAUGUCAGUUGACUGUAAACCUGGAGAAAUGCAUAAUCAGGUUGUUGAAGUGAAUGUCAGAGUCGAAGAACCUGGAAAGAACAAUGUUCACAAUAAUGCAUUCUAUGCUGAGGAAACUCUACUUAGAUCCGAAUUAGAAGCCAUGCGCGAUUGUGAUCCGUUAUCAGCCCGUCACUGGAUUAUAAGGAACACUAGGACUGUCAAUCGGAGUGGACAGUUGACAGGCUACAAGUUGGUGCCUGGUUCUAAUUGUUUGCCAUUGGCUGGUCCCGAGGCUAAGUUCCUAAGGAGGGCUGCAUUUCUGAAGCAUAAUCUGUGGGUUACACAAUUUGCACGUGGAGAGGAUUUUCCUGGGGGAGAAUUUCCAAAUCAGAAUCCACGUGUUGGGGAAGGAUUGGUUUCCUGGGUGAAGAAGAAUCGCCCUCUGGAAGAAUCUGAUAUUGUUCUCUGGUAUGUUUUCGGCAUUACACAUGUACCUCGACUGGAAGACUGGCCUGUUAUGCCCGUUGAACACAUUGGCUUCGUGCUUCAGCCUCACGGGUUCUUCAACUGUUCUCCAGCCGUUGAUGUUCCGCCCAGUGCUUGUGAUAUGGAUGCAAAAGAAAACGACUCGAAAGAAAAUGGUGGACCCAAGCCAGGUUCGUCUGGUCUUAUAGCAAAGCUCUGAAAAACCCUUGCUGUUUUGUCAAGCAUCUGAAACUACUGCUCUGACUGUACACAUACUACUGGAUUUUUUAUUUUUCAUUUUUUUUUUCUCUCAAGUUCGGUCCUACUUGUUUCUGUCUCGCGUCUAGUUUGUUUGCCAUCUCUAAGUAUCACUUUGUUAGCUUUCUCUAUUCGACUGUUGCGACUUGGUUUUGAUUUUGAUUUCUGGGCACAUCUUGUUUUCCAAAACUAAGUUGUUGGACGGCGUUUUAUGACUUCGAAACUUCUACUCUUGUUUCGUGACAUUGCUUGGAUGUUUCGGAUGGGAAUUUUAUUUGGGGUGUGAUUACAAAAGAUUUAAGGCUAUGUUUUGUAAAACCAGCUGAUAAUAUAAACUAG